UAUCAUUCUGGAGAAAGACAGCAAGCCAGAGGACAGUGGGGAGGUUUAUUCAAACACUUUGGAUAUUUAACAAUCAUCUCUGCAAAGACUGGAAGCACUGAAGGUGAACUUUUUAUUUAUAAACUCUUAAUAUGACGAUCAAUUCCUUCUCAGUUUUCUACCUUUCUUUUAUUUUGCAUGUUACAGACCAUGGCACGUCUGAUUCAUCUAUCAUUACUGCUAGCAGUGAGCCAGCUGCCCUGUGUUUCAGCCAUACGAGACUUUCCAAAUGGAGGAAUGAAAUUUACUCCCUAUCAUCUGUGCCCUGUUGGAGGGAAUAUUACACAUGACUGCAAUUGCACAGCUGGCAAGUGGAUAUGGAAAUUUAAAUGUUGUGGGCCCACUGUUAACCAAGUCACACUGGAAGCAACUGCCACAGCCAAUUAUACUGAGACAGAGGACUGUACUAAUAAAUGCCGUAAAAUCACAUACAAAACAAAAAUGUUUGUUUUGUCUGUGGAGGUAGAAAAUGGGUAUUUAAAGCAUACGAGUGAUAAUAAGGUCAUUUGUGAAUCUUGCUCUGGAACUUCAACUUCAACUACUGCCGGCACAAAGUGUUUCAGCUUUAAAAAAAAACAAAAGAUUCAUAUCUCGGUUCCUAAGCGAGACCAAAACACAGUAAAGCUCAAAUUUCAGAAGUUUCAUCAACUGCACCGUGUUAGUGACUGUACAGAGGCUCACACAGGUUCAAAUAAAAGGACCUGCAAUGUUAAUGUUACUACAACAAAUACAGCUCCAAACCUGCAGUUCUACCGUGAAAACAAAAGUUGGAUUGAUGCCUUGGAGCAAUGCCAGAAUGACUACACCUCCCUGGUUGAAAUCACCAACCAAACAGUGAAUGAUAAAGUGAAAAGUCUCCUGCAAAAUGAGACACACUUGCAACGAGGGGUGUGGAUAGGCCUGGAACGCUCAGUCUUUGGCAAAGAUAGGGAGUGGAUGUGGAUUUCAAAGUCCAAAGACAUUUAUCCUGAGUGGAACAGAAGCAUAGCUGACUCAAAUAACCACUGUGCAAAGAUGAUCCUGACUGAGAAACAAGAAAUUAAGCUGCUGGAUGCCAACUGCCAUGACAGACUACCUUUCAUCUGUCAAGAUUCUGGAGAAGAGGCCUCGUGACCUCUACUCACAGCAACAGGAAAACUCUGGAUUCAGUCAUCAACAACUGCAGGACCUGUGCUUUUGUCAAAAAACAAAACAUCUGCGGUCCAGACAUUGAACUGUUGUCAUGGACACAUGUCAAAUAAUGUGCCAGAAAGGGUGUAAUCAUUGUAUAGCAUACAUCUUUAAUGACUUAAAAAAACAUGAAUUGGGAUUUUCUUUCUCUAAUUCACACCAGGAUGAAAUUAUACAAAUCAGUUCAAAGAAAUCAUUAAAAACACGAAAUUACCAUACCAUUCAUGCCCACAGUGAGUGUAUGUAAACUUCUGACUACAGCUCUAUAUGUAACUCGUAGUUAAGCUUUGUUGUCAUUUCUCUAAGUAGUCUUCAGGAAUAGUUCUCCAAGCGUCUUGAAGGACAUGCAAAGCUCUUCAUUCUUUCCUCUUUCUUAAUGACACGAUACUGUUCAUCUGCUGCUGUAGGGGCCUGCCACUUCUUUUCUUCAUUUGUCUGGUUUCUUCAAUAUUGUUAAGGACAACCACACGCCAUGUACAAUACAAUACAAUACAAACUUUAUUUAUAGAGCACAUUUAAAAACCAGCGGUAUACCAAAGUGCUUAACAUAAAAGACAAGAAAAGUAACAUGAGUAUUAUAAGGCCUCAGCAAAGUAUCAAAUAUACGCACAGGUCAUUGCCACUAAUACACAGGGGUAGUAUAAAAUGCAUAUCAAGUAAAAACAUAGUAAAAGCACAAGCCAUAAAAAAUAUGUAUAAAGAAAAAUAGAGUAAGUCUAAGAGUCAGGUACGAGCAUUAACAAGCAGGAAAAGCAAGAUUAAACAAAUAGGUUUUUAACCAUGAUUUAAAAGAUUGGAUAGAAUCGGACGCCUGGAUCGCAAUCGGAAGGUUAUUCCACAACUCUGGUGCAGCCAGGGCAAACGCCCGGUCACCUCUAGACUUCAGCCGAGAUCUAGGCUGCGCCAAGAGUAACUGAGUAGAUGAUAAGAGAUUUUCUAACAUUGAAGCUAAUAGCUCUUGGGGAAUCACCUUGUUGGUUCAAAAAUACUAUUUUAUGCCUGUAACUGUGCUAUCUUUGGCCUGUCCAAUUUAAGGCCAGAGGGCAGCUUGCACAUAUUAUCAGUGUGGUUUUUCAUUAUGAGUUUAUUGGCUUGGUCAAAAGACUGUUUGAUCUUUUGAUUGUCUGUCCAACUGUUUCUGUGGGUCACAUCUGUUCCUGGAAAUCAGCUCAGUGGUAACUGAGAGCUUUGCAUGAUUAGAGCCAGAGCAGUGAGUAGCUGUGGCACAGGAGAAGUACAGGGGAGUAGGUGAGUGGGCUUCUGGCACUGACAUUCUUUCAACACAAACUGCUACAGUGUAUGUAUAUAUUAUAGGCACCCAUAUGUAAAGGUUUUGUUAGCAGAAAACAGAAAUGCAAUUUGCUUUAUGUUUAUUUAGACUUGGUUGAUUUGAUAAUGGCCUCUUUACCUGGGUAUGAGUGAUACAGAGGGAGUACAAGACGCUGCAUUUUAUUUUGGGUUUCAGGAUUUUUCCUAUGUUCCAUUAAGAACUUUGUUAAUAAAUGUCACUUGCAUUUGA